GUGUGAUUGGCAGCUGCAGACAUCACAGCGCAUCCUAACAAAGCGAAGAACGAUUCACUCCGUUAUGAUUCCGAUGAAGAUCGUUUCAUUACGGUUCAAAUGAGAGUUAACGCAUGAUCCGGCAGGCUUCGGCGGGACUGUGCGUGGCUGACUGAUUUGCUGGAGCUGCUCGUGUGGUCAGUCGGGGCAGAUGUCUCUGGCUCAGCGGGUUCUGCUCACCUGGAUCUUCUCGCUCGUCUUCCUCAUCCUGCUGGUGCUGAAGCUGGAUGGAAAGGUCAAAUGGAGCUGGUUCCUGAUCUUCCUGCCCGUCUGGAUCUUUGACAGCAUCCUGCUGCUGAUGCUGGGUGUGAAGGUGGCGGGGCGGUGCCGGGCGGGUUACGACCCGCGGCUGAAGCUCUGGUAUCUGCUGGCUCUGGUGAUGAAGGUGGGCUUCUGUGUGACGCUGUGUGCGCGGCUGGAGCAGCUGACCAACCUGCGGCUGCUGAUCAUCUGUGUGCCGCUCUGGACAUUGCUGACCGGAGCCCUGAUCCAGCUGGGAUACAACAUCCUGCCCCAGCACACAGACUGACACGGACACACAGAAAACCUCUGAACACACACACACACACACACACACUCACGGUCUCACAAACACACACAUAUGAACACAUGAGUCACCUGAACACACACACACACACUCACGGUCUCACACACACAUGCGCUCACACACGGAGUGAUUCAGUUUCAAACACUUGUACGUGAACACAAAUGUUUCUACAGAAAGCAAACAUUCUGCUGUUUCUGUUCUCUUUUUUUUAGAAAUUUGUCUCAAAUGAAUUUUGUACAUUUCAAGUGUGGUAAUAUGUGGUUUUAUUCGUGUUUUUUGAUCUUGUAAAUAUAUUUCCAUGUGCUGAUGCUGUAAUGGACAUUUAGUUUUUCUGGUAAAUCUCUUUCUGCCAGCAGAGGUUCUGAUGAAGGGAAACAGAAUAAAGCCACUGCAGUGAUGAA